AAGAAGAAGAUCAAUCGGACUUGUGAAUGCAAACAGACAAACGUAGCAGAUUACCGAUCGAAUCGGUCCAUUUUUAGCACUUGCAGCAAAUGUCUGCUAGUGUAGCUCUAAAUCAAACCUUCAUUAUCCAGUUUGAAUAUGUAUUAAGAAUAUAGAGUUUAUAGUGUUAUUUAAUUCGACGUUGGAUAUUACACAUAGGAAGUAACGCAGCAGAAGUCUCUCCGCGCGGCCUGCGAUAUGAAUGAAACCUCCUCAUGUUGGGUUUAACAGAAACACAUCUCUGAACUAGCACCAUUUAGCCAGUUAACGUUAGCUGCUGCUGGCUGGCUAAAUUGGUCGGUCGCUCCCUCUGAUAUAAAGAGAUCCAGAAGACUUAAUUCAUCCAUUUAUUUAUUCCCUGUAUUAUCAUUAUGGAUUUGAAUUUUUACUCGGAUCUCUCGGACGGGACUGGUCAACAUGUUGAUUCUGAGUUCAUGGAUAACUCGUCUUACAAUGGAUAUGAUUCAGCGAACAAGUUCGCAGGUGGCAAUGAAUCAUACCUGACCAUCAGUGGACCUAGUCAUCAUUGGUCAUCUGAGAAAACCUUCUAUACACCCUGUCUGGGUGAUGAAGAGUUUGAAAUUCCACCAAUCUCCUUGGAUCCAGAUUCUGCGCUCACCAUCGAGGAUGUGGAAGCCCAUUUUGGAGAACUGGCCGAACAGGCUGAGAGCUCAAGUACUUCUGGAGUUGGAAGUAGUCUUGCCAGUAAUCCUGUGGUAGGGGGGAAUGAUCCCUCUUUUGCCUCGGCUUUCAUGAAUCCAUCAUCUCAGGGCAUAGAGCACUUGAGUAUAGGUGCGAUUAACCCGGCGGGAGGAAGUGCACUACUGAGCUCAACUCUGGGUGUGGAUCUUGGGCAUUCUGUUGGCUCCCAUUUCAGUAGUUCCUCCUCCAUGACUAUCGAUGUUCCAAUAAAUGACAUGAACCAUAGUCUCCUGGGAAACAACCAGCUCACCACCAUAGACCAUUCGGAUCUAAGCGCUCAGUUGGGGCUCAGUCUUGGUGGUGGAGCCAGUGUGUCAAAGUCUCCUGAACAACCGCUGUCUGCCACACCGUCCCCUGCUGGCUCGUUGCAGGAUGAAGACAUGGAGGACUUCAGACAAAAAACUAUGCUGGUAGACUCCUCCUCAACCUCUCCGGCCAUCAUAUCGCACCUCCCCAACUUGACGGGUUCUACCCAGCUUUCCUCUGCUCUACCAGCUGUGGUGAGGAGGGUGGGCGGUAAACCGGCCAUGGUUCCUCUGACCACACUGGACACGGGAGCAACACUUGGAGGCAAAAAAGGAAAAAAGAAGAAAGAUCCCAAUGAACCACAGAAGCCAGUGUCAGCCUAUGCUCUGUUCUUCAGAGACACCCAGGCAGCAAUUAAAGGCCAGAACCCUAAUGCCACAUUCGGAGAGGUGUCGAAGAUUGUGGCAUCCAUGUGGGACAGUCUUGGAGAAGAGCAAAAACAGGUUUACAAGAGGAAAACCGAGGCAGCCAGGAAAGAGUAUCUGAAAGCAUUAGCAGCCUACAGAGCAAAUCAGCUUUCCAAAUCAUCUUCUGAGGUGGAGGAUAGCACUCCUUCCACUCCUCCCUCUGUCCCCUGUCCCGUCACUACUGCUCCUGCUGCCCCUGCUCGUCCACGGCUGACACCCAUCCCUGAGCAGAACACCAUCACUAACAUCUGCGCCUCCAAUAUCAUCCUUGAUGGGCCUCAAGUCACCACCCGUUCCCGCACGGGCUCUCUACCCCUGGCUUUCGGCCAGCCCCUGACCCCUUCCCCCAGCCCGACCCCCACUGUCACGAAAAUCAUCAUCUCCAAACAGAUGCUGCAGGGAGGUUCUCAGAUCCACCAGAUCCCCACGUCCAUGGUGACGGUGAUCCCGGCCGGAUUGCGAGCCGUGCAGCCGGCUGCUGCCGGACGACAGCCUCCACCGCUGCAGCAGAUGCAGGGCACCCCACCUCCACCACGUCUGCAGCAGAUGGUACAAACCCAAGCUCCGCCACCUCUUCAGGCCAAGCCCCGUGGAGGGCCAGGAAGUUCCUUGGCUGUCACGGCUACACCACCUCCACCUCUUCAGAUAAAGAUUGUGCCUGCUUCUUUACACUCCGACCUGUCUACACCGAUUAUUGUUACUACAGCUACAAGUGCCAAUCCUGUUAUUGCCACAUCCACCAUCUCCGCCACAGUGCAUCCCGCCGCCCCUGUUGAGGUGCAAGUGGAAGAACCCAAAGAGGAGUUGGUCACUGGGACAGAUGAGACAGUGAUUCGGGAGGAACCUGAAGAGAUGGAGGUGGAGGUAAGCAUUGCUCCUGAGGCCUCGUCUUCAAAUCUCUGUGUCCGUGCUGGGUGUACAAACCCUGCUGUGGAGAGUCGAGACUGGGAUAAGGAGUAUUGCAGCAAUGAAUGUGUGGCCACACACUGCAGGGAUAUUUUCAUGGCCUGGUGUUCAAUUAAGAGCCAGAACUCAGCCACCGUCAAAUAAAUGAAAAUCCUGCUGUAUCUGGGUCUCAACAUGCCUGGAUGUGACUUUUAUAAGAGAACACGGCAGAAUCGUACUGGAUUUACGAGCGUUUUGUUGUAAAUAGCUAAGGCAUGAAAAAAAGCAGUGGAAAAACCAUGUGUUUGUUUUCCACAUUGAAAAAGAAAAGGACCCACGUGAUUAUUGUACUUUAUUUGGAACGUAUUUUUUUUCUACUCCGUUCUGGUCCAGUGAUUUCUUUUUUUUGUUUACGUUACUAGUGAUUUGAGUUUAAGUGGGACAAAAUCUGAAGUUUUUAUUUUCAAAUACAGUAGUUUUGAUUAUGAUGAAAAAUGAGUAUUAGUGAAACUCGACAAGUAAUGCAAUCAUUCUGCAAUUCUGUGAUUUGUCUAAUGCAAUUUUCUCAUGUUGUACUGACGGUAUCUUAGAUCAGUGUUCAGAAGUGCUCUCGUAUCAAAUCUUUUGGCCUUAGUUAUGCUUUCUUUUCUUUGUUUUUAGAUUGUGUUACAGAAAUGAUUCAAGUAUUACUAAAAGGCAGCCAAAAUGGAACAAGUUUCUGAAGUCAUUGCUAACAGACCACUUUGUUUGUAGUGGUUUUUCAGUGAACUAUAAAAUAAAAUUAAAGAAAGUGUCUGUC